AAUCCACUUCUUUGUUUCUUCUCGCUGCAGUAGAUCACCAUCGGCUGUCCACAGAUACUAUGGCUAUUAGUUAAAAGAAAUUUCUUGGCCAAGAGAGAGGAGGAAAAUGGUAAAAGAAAAAAUUGGAAGAUUAUGUUAAGAUUCGACCGGAAAAUUAGAAAAGGUUAGUGAGGUUGCAACCGUACAAUUGGGUGAUGAACGAAGGAGAUUGAGAAGUGUUGGGGGUUUCCAAGUAGGAUUGGGAUAGGUGGGUUGUUCCCAUAUUCGAAUUUCCAUCCAGAAAUCGAAGAAUCAACACAAUUGAAUAAGAGACGCGAUAUAUACCUUACACUUUCAGAAGCAGAUCUUGAAAACUUUAGUUCUUCCUUUCACAGCUUUUAGAAUGGAAAAAUCCUAGAUGGAUAAACAUAGGUUGUCUCCAGAAUAUGAACCAGGUGUUGAGAAAUUCUUGAGAUAUGCCAUCGAUCAUAUUCGUGACAGUAUGGAGACAGAUGAGAUAAAUUAUGAAAUUGAUAUAUUAUGUCCGUGUAGGGAAUGCAUGAACAUUGGUUCUCUGCCAGUGCAUAAAGUGAGAAUUCACAUGUAUGUUAGUGGCAUCAAUCGAAACUACAAGAAUUGGAUUUGGCAUGGGGAAGAGGUUACUGCUAAUUCUAGGUCGUGUACUUCACAUGACGAUUUCCAAUAUGGGCAUGGUGCAAUGGGGAUGAAAUGGAGCUACCUGAAGAUGCUGCAGCAGCAAUAGAUAGGGUUCAGGCUGCACAUUAAGAGUUCACAGGGGAUCCAGAUAGUUUCCAAAAGUUGAUUGAAGAUGCAGAAAAACCACUUUACCCAAGUUGUUCUUCGCAUACAAAGGUAUCGACAUUGAUUAGGCUAUUCAACAUAAAAGCAAAAGGUGGUUGGUCAUAUAAGAUCUUCACAGAAUUACUCCGUGAAGUUAAAAGCAUGCUCCCACCAAAUAACGAGUUGCCUGAGUCUAUGUACGAAGCAAAGAAAACUCUUAAUGCAUUAGGGAUGGAAUAUGAGAAAAUACAUGCAUGUCCCAAUGAUUGCCUGCUUUUCAGAAAGGAUUAUAAAGAUGAUAAUACUUGUCGGACCUGCGGAGCUUCUAGAUGGAAGAAGGCGCCAUCUGGUACGAGUAAAGGGGAGCCUGAGAAAGUGAUGUGGUAUUUUUCACCUAUUCCUAGAUUUCGAAGGAUGUUUCGGUCACCAAAGACAUCAAACCUGAUAUAUCAUAGCCUCCCAAGAGUUGAAGAUGGUAAACUUCGUCAUCCAGUCGACUCCCCGGCAUGGAAACUAGUUGACAAGAAAUGGUCAGAGUUCGCUAAAGAACCACGAAAUCUGAGGUUAGCUCUUUCUACAGAUGGGUUCAAUCCAAAUAGUUCUGUUGGUGGCAAUUAUAGUUGUUGGCCGGUAAUGUUGGCUAUUUAUAACUUUCCACUGAAAUUGUGCAUGAAAAGGAAAUUUAUUAUGCUGACGAUGUUGAUAUCUGAUCCUAAACAGCCCGGAAACGAUAUAGAUGUUUAUUUGGCCCCUCUUAUAGAGGAUCUACAGAAAUUAUGGGAUGAAGGUGUGGAAGUUUAUGAUGCCUACAAUGAGGAGAACUUCAAUCUCAAAGCUGUACUUCUUUGGACGAUCAGUGAAUUCCCCGCAUAUGUUAAUCUUUCGGGUUGCCCUAAAGGAGGAUAUAAUGCUUGUCUAAUUUGUGCUGAACGUACUUCUUCCAUCAUGCUCAAAUACUCCGGGAAAAAUGUUUAUCAAAGUCAUAGGAAAUUUCUUCCCAGAAAACACAAGUUUAGAUUGGAUAAAAAGGCUUUUCAUGGUCAGCAAGAGUUAGGUACAGCUCCAAAACCUUACGACGGUGAAGAAGUUCUUAGGCAGGUUGAAGGCAUUCAGAACGUAUGGGGUAAGACAACGAAAUCUAUACCCGUCUAUUGGAAGAAGAAGUCAAUUUUCUUUGAACUAGCAUACUGGAAGUACCUGCUUGUCCGACAUUGUCUAGAUGUCAUGCACACGGAGAAAAACAUAGGAGAGAGUAUUGUUGGGACGUUACUAAACGUACCUAAGAAAACAAAAGAUGGUUAUAAUGCUCGAAAAGACCUUGAGGAUUUAGGAAUGAGGCCUGAAUUGGCACCUAAAGAGAAUGGAAAAAAGGCGUACCUUCCACCGGAAUGUUUCACAUUGACAAAGGAUGAAAAGAUUAAGUUCUGUAAAACAUUGUCUGAAUUGAAGGUCCCAGAAGGUUACUGUUCGAAUUUUAAUAACCGGGUAUCAAUGACAGAUUUAAAGUUGUACGGUCUAAAAUCGCAUGACUAUCACAUGCAUGCUUAUGCAGCAAUUUCUUCCGUUAGCUAUAAGGUACAUUUUGCCUGAGCAUGUGAGAAAUACUAUAAUCAGGUUAUGUUUUUUUUUCAAGGAAAUCUGCUGCAUUGAGGUUGAUGUCAUGCGCCUGACUCAAAUACAAGAGGACUUGGUUGUUACCUUAUGCUUAUUGGAACAAUAUUUUCUCCCUUCUUUUUUUGACAUCAUGGUUCAUUUAACUGUCCAUUUGGUUCGGGAAGUUCAAUUAUGUGGGCCGGUUUGCUUCCGAUGGAUGUAUCCUUUUGAAAGGUUUAUGAAGGUUUUGAAAUGCUAUGUUCGAAAUCGGAACCGUAUAGAAGGUUGCAUAGCUGAGGGUUAUAUUGCAGAAGAGGCGGUUGAGUUUUGCACUGAGUACUUCAAAAAUGUUGUAACUAUUGGUAUUCCUAUUGUUGGUACUGCAACAACGACCGAAAAUUUUGGUGGCACGAGCCUUUUUUCUGACGGGAAGAAAUUAUCAAAGAGCACGUUUGCUGAUCUUGAUGUUAAUGGACCAGUGAUGCGGCAGGCACACCAAACCGUACUAAAUAACACAGAAGUCGUGGAACCCUACUUUGAGUUACACAUGUCUUAUUUGAAGGAAAAAUUUCCACAUGAAACAGAAAAAUGGUUGGAGAAACAGCAUUGUCAAACAUUCCAUGAUUGGUUACAUGAAAAAGUUGAAGAAGAACGAAAGGAUCCUGAUAAUAUUAUAUCUGAAGAAUUGAGAUGGAUAACAUCUGGACCAAGUAGCCAAAUACUGACAUAUGAAGGAUUCAAAGUAAAUGGAUGUCGAUAUCACACAAAGGCUCGAGAUGAUAGAAGAGUUACCCAAAACAGUGGAGUAUGAUUAGUGGACACAGAAUACAACAGUUACUACAGUGUGAUCAAGGAGAUAUGGGUUCUUGAUUAUCAAAUGAUAAGGGUACCCUUGUUCAAGUGUAACUGGAUGCAAAACCGGGCAAUAAAGAUAGAUAAACUGGGAUUCAGACGAGUUGAACUUGAUAGGUUAGGUCAUAAAGCUGACCCAUUCAUUAUGGCUUCCCAAGCGAAACAAGUUUUCUAUGUACAAGACCAAAGUUAUUCUAAUUGUUCGAUUGUCAUAUCAACACGGGAAAGAGAUAUAGAUGAAUGUGAGGUGGAAGAGUCACUGGCCUUAGAGGGUAAUCCCAGUUUUGAAAAUGUUGUUCCUGAGGAGGGUUCCUUCGACAUUGGUGAUGAUUCUCAAUAUGCUUACAUGCGUGAUAACAAUGACGGUAUAUGGAUUGAAGACAUCUCCAAGGAACAAAAGAAAACACAUGUGCAAUAUGACAACCCGAUGGACGAGGAUGAAUCAUCGGAUGAUGACAGUUCCAUGGACGACGGUUACAGUUCAAUGGAAAUUGAAGCAGAUGAUGAUGACUGAAUUUUUAAAGCAUAUAUGUUUUCUCCCUCCAGAAUGUACUUGAUUUUCUUUGCCUGAUUUUUUUUUUAAUUUUGAGAGUAUCAUGGAAGCUUCUAUUGUUACAACACUUCAUCAAUAGAC